CUUCGGCCGCAACCUCGCUAAUGUCUAAGCUAAUGAUGCUUCCAAAUCUACAAAAAAAUUCUAUAUAAGAACAGCUAUGAAUAAACAUGUUGAAAAGAAUGUCACGGAUUCGAAUUUUUCACAUUCAAAAUUGCCGUUUCGAAGAAGUUAUGAUAAUGUCAAUAACCUGAAGCAAGAAUAUGAAAGGCCUUCUACAAGUGAUGGAUACAUUAUCACGAAUAUUCAGGAUUUCAGCUACUAUCAAGAACCUGAAACAUCUAUUGAAUCCAAAUUAAAAGACGAUAUCGUACAUUCUAAUGGAAGAUUCGAAGAAGAGAAAUUACCCAAAAAGAUCGGUUUAAAAAAAGAGAAAAAAAUACCUCCUUUAAUGUGGAUGUUGUUUGUCAUUCUUUGUUUAUUGGUGGUAGUUUUGGAAAUUGUAUUAUGGAAUCAAACAGGUUUUAGUAUGCUUUCAAAAAUACUUUUACAAAGUUUCGUUAUCGUAGUACUUGGAGUUGCAUUUUCUUUACUUUUAAUUACAAAAUCAAAAUAUACUUUUCAUGAAAUUUAAUGACUGCAAGAAGAUUUUAUCAAUGAAAGAAGAGAACUUAUCAAAAUAAAAUGUAUGAUCAAACAUAUCCUUCCAGCAUAAUGGACAUCUUAGAAGACUGUUAUAAAUGUCUAAUGUUCUUCUUCGGUAUUUUAAUAUAUUUAUUUUAUUCAUAAAUGUUUAAUGGCAAGAUCAAAAUUGUUUUAGCAAACUACUUCAUUAUAUAUUAUACCUUGAAUGAAUAGCCUGAUUAAAAUGAAUUGA